AUGUCCGCGUCCUUCAUACGAGCAAGCAGCAGAGCUUCGGCGUUUGCUGUGCCGACAUGUCGAACAGCUGGAGCUUCUGCCUCGCGUUGCUUCUCCACCGGCAGUCUGUCGCGGAGCUCGAAUGCCGGUCAUCUUGAGGGUACAGCAAGAGAAAAUGGCGUGCGGCUGCAAGCUCAGUCAUUACGAAGGAACGUUGUUCCUUCUAGUCAGAGGAGAGCAUACAGCGCAGACACAAUGGCCUCCCUAGCAGCUAUCAAGCAGAAUUGCCGAAAGGUAAUGUGCAUAGGCCGCAACUACGCCGACCACGUAACCGAACUCAACAACCAACGCCCCAAACAACCCUUCUUCUUCCUCAAGCCCCCCUCCUCCAUCCUGCUCCCCACCGAAGGCCCCGUCCUCCGCCCCGCCGGUGUGAACCUCCACUUUGAAGUAGAGCUGGGUCUAGUAAUCGGCAAGACAGUCCGGGACCUGGACGAGAGCGACACCGAGGGAUGGAUGGGCGCGAUUGAGUCCUACCUCCUCUCCAUCGACAUGACAGGACGCAACGUCCAGGAAGAGGCGAAGAAGAGGGGGUUGCCGUGGAGUAUUGCGAAGGGAUUUGAUACGUUUUUGCCUGUGGCUGGGCCGGUGUCGAAGUCCUUGAUUUCUGAUCCGCAUAACGUGGAACUUUGGUUGAGUGUGAAUGGGGAGACAAAGCAGAAUGAUAAUACCGAGCUUAUGCUCUUCAGGAUUGGGAGGCAGUUGAGUGAUAUUAGCAAGGUCAUGACGUUAGAGAAGGGGGAUAUUGUGUUGACGGGGACACCGAAGGGUGUCGGAACAGUGGUUACGGGAGAUGUGAUUGAAGCGGGCCUGAAGGUUGAUGGGAAGGAGGUCGAGGAAGCGAGGAUAAAGGUUGAUGUCAAGGAUAGGACGGGGCCGUAUGAGUUUACGCCGACGUAUUAG